GCUCUGGUUACUGUCUGUCUCUGUCAGGUCACAAUAUAGAACGUUGAUUCUUGACCUUUCAUUUUACUUCUUCUUCAAGGCUUUGAGCUUUUAUGAUUACAUACGUAGCUCAGAUGAGAUGCAGUGUCCCAUGCAGGAGUAUCAGCAACAAAGACCAUGCCAAGCAUUUUCCUGUAAUUAACAGUCCCAUGUUGCCUGAUGGAACAUUUAAAGGCCAGACAGCCUUCAUCACUGGGGGAGGCACAGGGCUGGGCAAACAAAUGGCCACCACGCUGUCAAAACUUGGUGCUCAAGUAGUCAUAACCAGCAGAAAACUGGAUGUUCUACAGGGCACCGCUGAAGAAAUCCAGAAAGCAACAGGCAACAAGGUGUUAGCUGUAGCAGCGGAUGUCAGGGAUCCAGCAGCCAUCAAGAAAGCCGUUGAUGAAUGUGUGGCUGUAUUUGGGCUGCCAAAGAUCGUCAUCAAUAACGCUGCAGGAAACUUUAUAUCACCAUCAGAGAGGCUAUCGGCAAAUGCGUGGAAGGCCGUGACUGAUAUUGUCCUUAAUGGAACCGCAUUUGUGUCCUUGGAGCUUGGGAGGAGAAUGAUAGAAGCUAAACAGGGUGGUGUGUUUCUGGCCAUUACAACUAUCUAUGCUAAUAGUGGCUCUGCUUUUGUGACGCCAAGUGCAGCUGCAAAAGCUGGAGUUGAGGCCCUUGCCAAGUCCCUUGCAAGUGAAUGGGGUCGAUAUGGAAUACGUUAUAACUGUAUUCAACCAGGACCAAUUCAAACAAAGGGUGCGUUCAGUCGACUGGAUCCAACCGGACAGUGGACAGAGAAGUUGCUGGAGGUGUUGCCUACUGGUCGCCUUGGUAACGCGCAGGAGCUGGCCAACCUGGUGUCCUACAUGGUCAGUGACUACUCCAGCUGGAUGACCGGCGAGGUGGUGAAGCUGGAUGGAGGGGAGUACUAUGGCAGGGCCGGCUCAUUUAAUGAGCUGCGAGCAGUCACCAAUGAGCAGUGGGACAUGCUGGCUCAGAUGAUCAAGUCUACAAAGGGCUCAUAAGGAUAUAACACUCACACUAUUUGAUGUUAAACUUGACCAAAAUUAUACAUUAACUCUUUACCACUUAGAUACAUACAGUCAAUCUUGUAUUUAGAGACCACUAAAGGGAGUAACCAAAAGUGGUCUCUAAAUAAAAUGGUCUUUAAAUAAAAAAAAGGCCAUUUGUGAUGAAUGCGGACCUUUGAUUUUAAAUCCAGAUAUCGGAUUAUCUAUUUUUUACACAGCGAUUUCUGCUUUUGUAAUCAAAUGAAUCUAAAUAGUAAUAAAAUGAAUAAAACAAUUUUUUACUUAAAAUAAGUUGUAUUUGUUCUCUCUAAUUCUAAAUACAAUGUAAAUGGUUUGCACGGAAAAUGGGUUUUUCCAAACUCAUUCGCGAUUAAAUUUACGUGCACUUUUACUCUUCGACACUUCCAAUACCCGAAUUUUCUCAUUAAACGUUAAUACUUUCCGUUUUGACAUUUUAAUUUCUGCAUGUAAGCUUAUAUAUAUCUGACUCGAUUAUGGUACAUAGGGAAAUAAAUAAAACACCUUGAUUGAAAACUAAAUAAACAUGCCUGAUUGGAAAAUUUGCUAACACAAACUAAUUAGCAUAAUAACAAUUACAUUUUUUAAUGAACAGAUUUCGCUACAUGUUACCGAUUAAUAGUUUAUUUUGUACACCUCGCGAGAACACUGUGUAAAUGUUUGUAGCGUCGGCGCAUUGUUUCUGCAAUAAAAUCGGCGAUCAAAGUUGUCACUUAACGUUCCAGAUGGUCAACUCUUUAACCCGUAUACUGUUGGCAAUACCUUACUGUAUUAUUCGACACCAAAAAUUGAUACGCAGUCAGCAUUAACACCGGUCAGAACCGGUCAUCGAGACAUUGGAAAAUGGCUGGUGUGAAAUCACAACAAAGGUGUCAUAGUUCAUGUUAUCGGCUUAGAUAAACAAUCAACACUGAUUUCUUCCUGAACGGUCAACAGAUUUACCACUUUUACCUUAAAGCGGUCGCUUAAUUCAAGACUCGGGCAUCAAAAUACACUAAAAUCAGCGGUCGCUGGUCGCGUAAGACAAAAGUCGCUUAAUACAAUAUGAAAAUAUAGGUAGGUAAAACGCUCGGGUGGGAUUUAAAGUGGUCGCAUAAGACAAAAGUCGCUUAAUUCAAGUGGUCACAAGCACAAGAUUGACUGUAUUUUAACACAUUUGCAGUCCCUUAGAAAGUUAAUUUUAAUUAAAGGCCUUUCUUACCAGAUUAAAGUUGUAAAGGCUUCUUUCCAACCCAUUGAUACUGAUAAGCAGCAAACAGCAUAAAACCUGGACAGACUGCGAGUUACUUGCAGGCUGCUCUGGUUUUAUGCUGUUUGCACAUAGACAUUUUCACUUUGCUUCUGAGUGGGAAAGGGUCAAGUGCUGGUAGGUUAACUGACUGCUGUGAUAUAACUGAAAUACUCUUAUACACAGCAAAAAAUCCAACUAAACAAACACAUUAAUAAUAAAAUGUUUGAAAGUGAAGUUAAAAGUUUCAGCCAGACAUCACAAGAACUAAUGUUCACAAUAGGAUGCAGUAAUUGUAGCUAGUGGACGUAUGCAAGAUAGUGGGAUUCUGACACUAAUGAUAUAUGAAGCAUAGGCUGGACAUUCACAUAGCGUCACAGCGUUCCCUCAAAUGUCAAGGAAAUCUAAUUUCCAAUGAUUUCAGAAAACCUUUAAUUUUACAAAAAGCAUCAUGGGGAGCAUUUAUCAGUUUCAUGUAUAUUAUUGUUACCAGUAAUGUAUUUCCACCCUGCCUAUGUGACUCUUGGUAUCAUAAAUCUGACAAAUUGUAUCGGUAUUUUUUGUAAUUAAUUUGUGAAUAGUAAGAUUUUGUGUAAAUGAUGCAAAAUUUCAACGAUGCUUAACAUUCAAAAUCUGAACUGUGCAAAAUAGGAAGUUAUUUAAUGUUUUAUCAAAUUUGGUCAUUUAAAGAUUUCCAGUGAAUUUUACAAGACAUUUUUUCCUUACAAAAAUGAUAUUGCACACUUUAAGCCCCUUAGGUGAGAAGUAUGAUGCACUGUUAAAUAAAACUUCAAUUAAUAUUUGUGUCACAAAUUUCAUAUUAAUAAUGCUUUAGUUGCAAACGGUUACCGUUUUUAUUCUACACAACUUUUUUGAAUUCUUUGGUGUUGUUUUUCUGUUUAUUAUUAAAAGUUUAUUUGAAGAUACAAUUUAUCUAAAAUGUAUUAAAUUUGUUGUAUAUUUUUAUUGUUGAUCUGGAUAAAGUGCCAUGUCCAUAUACUUUCAAUAAAUAUGCAAAAAUUGA